GUCAGGGCUCGGCCUUCAGAGGGAUGUAUGGCCAGGAUGGGACGCUGCACUUCAUCGACCCAGCUACAGACUCCUCGCCGACUGAAAGCACCAACAUGAACGCGAGCGGCCACCUGGGGGCGGGCAGCCUGUGUGCCAUAUGUGGAGACAGAGCCACCGGCAAACACUACGGGGCCUCCAGCUGUGACGGCUGCAAGGGCUUCUUUAGACGCAGCGUCCGCAAAAACCACAUGUACUCGUGCAGGUUCAACAGACAAUGCAUCGUGGACAAAGACAAGCGGAAUCAGUGCAGAUACUGCAGGCUGAAGAAAUGCUUCAGAGCCGGCAUGAAAAAAGAAGCUGUGCAGAAUGAACGAGACAGAAUCAGCACCAGGAGAUCCAGCUACGAAGACAGCAGUCUACCGUCCAUCAAUGCGCUCAUCCAGGCAGACGUACUGUCCAGACAGAUCACCUCCCCGGCUCCCAUACUCAGCGGCGACAUCAGGACCAAAAAGAUCGCUGCCGUCACAGACGUCUGCGAGUCCAUGAAACAGCAGCUGUUGGUUUUGGUGGAGUGGGCCAAGUACAUCCCGGCCUUCUGUGACCUGGCCCUGGACGACCAGGUGGCGUUGCUGCGAGCUCAUGCUGGGGAACAACUCCUGCUCGGCGUUGCAAAGAGGUCCAUGCUUUACAAAGACAUCCUCUUAUUAGGAAAUGACCACAUCAUUCCCAGGAACUGCCCGGAGCUGGAGCUGGGCCGGGUAGCAGUGAGGAUCCUGGACGAGCUGGUGCUUCCCUUCCAGGACCUCCAGAUAGACGACAACGAAUACGCCUGCUUGAAAGCCAUAGUUUUCUUUGACCCAGACGCUAAAGGUCUGAGCGACCCUGGAAAGAUCAAGCGGAUGCGAUACCAGGUCCAGGUCAGCCUGGAAGACUACAUCAACGACCGGCAGUACGACUCGCGGGGCCGCUUCGGGGAGCUGCUGCUGCUGCUGCCCACGCUGCAGAGCAUCACCUGGCAGAUGAUCGAACAGAUCCAGUUCGUUAAACUCUUCGGCAUGGCCAAGAUCGACAACCUGCUCCAGGAGAUGCUUCUCGGAGGUUCUGCCAAUGAGGCUCCACACGCACCUCACUCCCUGCACCCUCACCUGGUUCAGGAGCACCUCAGCAGCAACAUCAUAGUGACCAGCAACAUGCCAACGCCCAUCCAUAACUGUCAAAUCUCCACUCCUGAAACCCCGAUCCCGUCUCCGCCUACUGCCUCCAGCUCAGAACAUUAUAAACUGGCUCAGGGGGUCAUAGCCACCGUGCCCAAGCAGCCAACCUCCAUCCCUCAGCCUACUAUUACAAAGCAAGAGGCCAUCUAA